ACACAACACACACGCAGUUCCAGGUCAUCAGCAGCACAGGAGCAAGACCAUGCCAUAAUAUAACGCAGCAGCAAAACGGGGACAAGCCGCCGCACUGCGAAGCAAGAGAGGUCUGCUGCAGCUGCUCGGGAAUGUCCACCGUGAAGCACUGAAGACAAAAUGAAGCGCAAAAGCGAGAGGAGACGAGCUGAGUCGAGGAAAAAGCGCUGUGCAGCUCCCAACAGCGCACAGGCGGAGCCAAACUCUGAUAUUUACACGAAGAUAACAGAUCAACUGUAUUUCGCCAUACUGAAGCAAAAGAUCAAGAGCACAGCUGAACGACACUGUUUCUGCAUAGAUGAAGAGCUGUCAUAUGAGAACUUCUAUGCGGACUUUGGUCCCCUUAACCUGGCCAUGUUUUAUCGCUUCUGUUGCAAGCUGACAAAGAAGCUCAAGUCCAUUACACUCUCAAGGAAGAAGAUCAUAUUUUACACAUGUGGAGAUCAGAAGAAACAAGCUAAUGCUGCCUACCUAAUCGGCUCAUAUGCAGUAAUGCAUCUUAACAUGAUGCCAGAGGAGGCCUACAGUCUGCUGGUGUCGAGGAAUUCAACAUAUAUUCCAUUCAGAGAUGCUUCGUUUGGAACCUGCAUGUACAAUCUGAACAUCCUAGACUGUCUUCGUGGUGUUCACAAGGCUCUGCAGUACGGCUGGCUUGACUUCUCCAACUUUGAUGUGGAGGAAUAUGAGCACUAUGAGAGGGCAGAAAAUGGAGACUUAAACUGGAUCAUUCCAGGAAAGUUCCUUGCAUUCAGCGGGCCUCAUCCAAAAAGCAAAAUAGAGAAUGGAUACCCUUUGCACGCUCCUGAGGCUUACAUCCCAUACUUCAGGAAUCAUAACAUCACCACCAUCAUCAGGCUCAACAAGAAGAUGUAUGAUGCCAGGCGUUUCACAGAGUCUGGCUUUGAGCACCACGACCUGUUCUUCGUGGACGGGAGUACACCAAACGACGCCAUCGUCAGGAAGUUUCUGAACAUCUGCGAGAACGCAGAAGGAGCCAUAGCUGUCCACUGCAAAGCUGGCCUGGGGAGGACUGGCACUCUGAUUGGGUGUUAUAUGAUGAAACAUUACUGCCUGAGUGCUGCGGAGGCCAUCGCCUGGAUACGGAUCUGCCGACCGGGGUCCAUCAUUGGGCCUCAGCAGAACUUUGUUGAAGAAAAGCAGAACAGUCUGUGGGCAGAAGGAGACGUAUUUCGGGAGAAGGUGCAAAAUGAACGAGAGAAUGGCAAGAUGGCUGUCACCAGGAUCCUGUCUGGUGUGGAUGACAUAACCAUCAACGGGAGCAACAAGAACAGGCCGUCCAAGAAAGAAGAAAUGGACAUGUAUAAUGAUGACGAGGAGAGAAAUGGCCUCACACAGGGUGAUAAACUGCGAGCCCUGAAGAGCAAGAGGCAGGCCAGAUCGUCCUCAGGUUCACUAUCGCAGGUGGUAGUGUUCUGCUGCAGCCUCAUGGGCACGGUGUGGCCGAUGUGUUGCCUGCCGUUCAAAAGAUAGCUGAGAGAGGCAGAGACAGAGUGGGGGAGAGGAAAAACAGAGAGAGGAUGUGAGGUUUUGUAUGAUGGAGGUAAGUGCACGUCACUUCCUUUUUAGCUGACAUCCUCUUCCUGUAGAAAUGGUUGCUAUGCCAGUGAAUGGUAUGGCUGAUUUUGAAGUUGUUCUUUUUUCCUUUUCUUUUUUUUUUUCUGUCUGUCUUUGGAUGACUAUGGUGUGAAGUGGAUAUGCACUUAAUGGAUGCAUUACAUUUACACGCCUUUCAUUAUCUGCCUCUCAUGGACACACUGAGCUGAUCUGCUUUGAUAUUGAGGCUUAUCCAAGAUAUCCUCUGAGUUACAGUAAAGCUGAGCCUGUUGUACCUGUUAACAACAGCACCAAUUAUUCAACUAAUCACGGUUUUACAUAAAAUCUGGAUUAGCUGAAUCAAACGUUUCAGUGCUUGGCUUGCACUACUGACUUGGCACGACUCGAGAACAACUGUUAGUUAGGAAAACAUUCUCGUUCUGAUCUGCAGUAGAAAUUUCAUUGCUGUUUGGUAAAGUAGCCAACUUGCCCGCUCAACCAUUAAAGCUGGAGUUGUUUUCGGAAAUUGACAGUUAUUUAUUUGGUGUUGGAAUCAUCUUUGCCUCAGAUGUUUUCACAAGUUUAAUUAGCGGAUUUAAAUGGCAUUGUUGGGAGCCUGAUCCUCAUUCUAAUGCACAGGAUUCUAAAACCUCGUACGGAGGUAUUGGGAUGAAAAUGGGGUUUUAUCUGUUCUCAGAAGGGAGAUUCGUUUGCCAUAUGCCUUAUCAGUGUAUGCAUUAUUACACAAACCUCUAACUUCCAGCUGAACUUCACCAUCUGGCUCCACUGUUUGUUCUAUUAUGUAACACUGAAGUGCAUGCUGAGUUGCGGCGGCGAUUAGAACGACGAUUAUAUGAAAACGUUCUCUUCUGCCUUUUCAUGCAUGGCGACAGGCAUGAAACCCUGGACAUGCACGCAUGGACAUGCCUCUGUGUUUGAUCUCUGUUUGUGUCUAACAUGUAAUUAAUGUUGGGCCGGGUUCAUUGUCAAUUGCCUGUUGUUUUUCCAUUGCUUUGGUGACUGGAUCAGUGUACACAUACCAUCUGAACUCUGUGUACUCCUUCAGGUUUCUGUCUCUGCCAGCUUCUUUUUAAAUGGUCCGUUUUUGUGCAACAAAAUUUGCCAACAGAUACUUAAAUUAUUUUCUCACGUAUAAAGUCUUAGAGCUCGACCGAUAUUUUGAAAGGCUGAUCUCAAACACUAUUAUGCUCAUCACAGAUAUAGCUAUUGGAGUAUAUUUUGCCUGAAAUUGCCGUCCAAUGCAAGUUUUAUAGACUGCAACUUACUUUUUAAUGUAUAAAGCUAAAUAUUUUUUGACUCUGUUUAAAAGAUAGUUAGUGAAGUUUCAGUUUAUUUUUCAACUGUAUUCAUUUAUUUAUUUAUUUUUAACAGAGCGAAACACAUUUAUAUAUGGCAUACAUUGUGUCAAAAAUAUUACAACAGUUUCCAGAUAACAGUUAAGUUUAAUUUUAACAAAUAAUCAUUACUUUUUAUAUUGUUAGUUUCAUAAAUAACCUAUAUUUAAUUUAAAGUCCCCCUCCAGACACAUGUGUUUAAAAGUAUUUUCACACUUAUCAAAUGCAAUGUGAUUAAUAUUUUGUUUGUUUCCUCUAACACUACUUUACUCCAUUCAUGUCUGAGCCUCCAGACUCUAUGCUACUAUGUUAGUGUGUUUUCACUCUCAGUAUUGAAAAGUUGGCUCUGCACUCAAGGUUUCAGGUUUCUUUUCCUGUUUUUGCAAGCAAAAGCAGAAUAGUAUUAGCUUUUGAAGUAGUGAUGUACCUAACACUGACAUCUCCCCCUUCAGUAAAGGAAUGUAAAAACAGCUCUCUAGUGACAACCUUUUCACAGAUGCAAGUCAGGCUAGACAAGGUAUAAACAUUUUAGAAGACAUAAGCAAGAAAAACACAUUUUUGAGUGAAAGGGGAUCUGUAAAUAACUAAAUUGACCAUCACAGUAUAUUAUUAGCUUUUUUGAAACUCUCAAAUAUCAACAUCUAUGUUAAAUUCCCCCAUCGGUCGAGUUCUAAGUAUAAAGCAAACUGUUAACACAUCAGAGCAAGUGAAGAACAAAAACUUGCUGACUGGCACGGUCUUUGAAAGGUAUUUCAUCUAAUCCAGUCCCAGUGGAAAAGCAGAACAUCAGAGGCUUUGUGUCCUGCCCGGACGUCUCUUGUCUCUCCUUCCUUUUUUUCCCCUUUUUUUCCGUUUGCUCUUGUUGUUGGAUUUGUCCU